UAAUUUGCCGGCCCGCGCCGCGCUCGCGAUGCCCGCUGCGUAAUCAGUAGGACGAAGUUCCGGAGUCGUCGUCGUCGUUGCGUGGGUGAUGCCGCAACAAGUGUCCCUUUGGCACUGUCUCCUUUGCCCUGACACCGUGAUUCUUGUUCUUGUAGUCUUGCGACGCGCAUAGUAUAAUUUGAGGUCUUCUUCUGCUAGUCACUGGGGCGAGCUGCAUGUACGCGUCGAACUCAGCCGUCGUUGAUCUUAGGCCAAAUAAUUUCGACAAUUUAGUACUAAAUAGCGACCACAUUUGGGUGGUCGAGUUCUACGCGCCGUGGUGUGGACACUGUCAACAACUGAUGCCCGAGUACGACAAGGCGGCGACUGCGUUGAAGGGUAUUAUAAAAGUUGGCGCUGUAAACGCCGACGAGCACAAGUCUCUUGGAAGUAAAUACGGAGUUCGUGGCUUCCCAACAAUCAAGAUCUUCGGGCUUGACAGCAAGCCAGAAGACUACAAUGGUCCUAGAACUGCGAGUGGCAUAAUUGAAGCUGCGUUGAAUGCUGCUGGUCAAAAAGCUCGAAAGGCUUUGGGUGGCAAAAAAACUGGAGGCGAUUCCAAGAGCAAGGAUUCCAAAGAUGUAAUAGAAUUAACCGAUGAAAACUUCGAGAAACUUGUAUUGAAUUCGGAGGAUAUGUGGCUGGUUGAGUUUUACGCUCCUUGGUGUGGCCACUGCAAGAACCUGGCACCCGAGUGGGCGGCAGCGGCUACCGAGCUGAAAGGCAAAGUGAAACUGGGGGCCUUGGACGCCACCGUAAACACAGUGAAAGCCAGCAAGUACGAGAUAAAGGGCUAUCCCACCAUCAAGUACUUCACACCGGGCAAGAAAGAUGCCGACUCGGUGCAGGAGUACGACGGUGGUCGCACGAGCGGCGACAUCGUCAAUUGGGCACUCGAGAAACUAGCCGAGAACAUUCCAGCGCCAGAAGUGAUACAAAUCACGUCGAAGGAGAGCCUGAGCGCCGCCUGCGAGGACAAGCCGAUCUGCGUGGUCUCCGUUCUGCCGCACAUCCUGGACUGUCAGUCCGAUUGUAGGAACGGAUACGUAAAGACUCUGAACACUCUCGGAGAGAAGUACAAGAAGAAGAUGUGGGGAUGGGUUUGGAGCGAAGCCGGUGCUCAGCCGCACAUCGAAGAGGCGCUGGAGAUCGGAGGUUUCGGUUACCCCGCGUUAGCGGCUGUCAAUAUCAAGAAGAUGAAGUACUCCCUGCUGAAAGGUAGCUUCUCGUACGACGGAAUAAACGAGUUCCUGCGAGACCUGAGUUACGGCAGGGGCGGGACUGCGCCGUUGAAGGGUGCUCAAUUGCCCGUUAUCCUUGAAACGACGCCGUGGGACGGCAAGGACGCCGAACCUCCGCAGGAAGAGGAGAUCGAUCUUAGCGACGUUGUUCUAGACGAGAAAGAAGAAUUAUAAUUUAUCGAAAGCCAAUAUAAGUAAAUUCUUAAGAGAAUUUACUGCAACGACAUUGUUUCCAGUAAAGUUAAUAAUAUUAAGGACGUUAAUCUCUCGUGGACCGGUAUAUAAAUCUUACUUAUUCGGAAAUUCGUUUUGCAUUAUCGGAUGCUGCUGUGUCAUACUUAUUAAAUUCUACACCGAUUUAUCGAUAAUUUCGUAACGAGACUAAUGAUGUAACGAUAAAAAGCAAUUUCUUUGUUUAGUAAUUUUUGUACGAAGGAAACUUAACGUAUAUAAUACAUACAUAUAUGAUAUAGUUACUCGUCGCUCUGUGUGUGUCGUAAGACUAGCUCUCAGGUGCAGUUAUCCAGUUUUAUAAAAACAAAAUUACACCGUUUCCGUGACUCUUCCAUCUUGAAAGCCAGUUUUGUACAAUCGUUUUGUCGCUGCGAGAGACUUUGGAGCAGAGACUAGAUUCGACAUAAAUGUAUUUCUCCCAUUGUUCUCCCAUGUGUUUGGACAGAAGAAAAAAGGAAUAGAAGGACUUCAAGGAAUGUGUCUCGUGUUUUUUCCGCAUGAUGCAUUUAUUAGCUGGUACAUAUUUUUUUAUGCGUGUUGAGGAAGCGGAUUACUUAAGAGACUCUGCAGUUUAUGUAUAAUAAAGUCAUCUAAUUUCGCAUUUGUAAUAAAUAUAUAUAUAUGAUA